CUUGCUUCACCCUAUAUAUAUUCUCUCCAUUUAUCUCUCUCUCAACCUCAAAACAUCACACCAAUUUGUUUUUUAACUAUGGUUAGCAAAAAACCCAGGGUGGUUAUAAUUGGCGCCGGAAUGGCCGGCCUCACGGCCGCCAACAAGCUGUACACAGCCGCCGCGAGCUCCCUGGAGCUCACGGUGGUGGAGGGCGGCUCCAGAAUCGGUGGGCGAAUCAGCACCGCCGAAUUUUCUGGAGACCGGAUUGAGCACGGCGCCACGUGGAUCCACGGGAUCGAAGGCAGCCCCCUUUACGAAAUCGCCGGAGAUACAAACUUGCUCAUCUCCGAUCAGCCGUGGGAGUGCAUGGACGGCGCUCUCGGAGAUCCCGUCACGGCGGCGGAGGGCGGCCACCUCCUAUCCCCGGCCUUCGUCGACCCGAUUUCCCGCCUCUUCACCAGUCUCAUGGAUUUCAUCCUCGGAAAGGCCGAUAUUCAAUGCCUUGUUAACGGCGGCGAUCUCAGCGUCGGUUCCUUCCUCCGCCGCGGCCUCGCCGCGUAUCUGGAGAAGGAGAAGAAGGGUAUAUCUGUGGGGAGAUGGAGCAAGCGAUCGCUGCAGAAGGCGGUUUUCGCGAUGCACGAGAGCAUACAGCGGACCUACACCUCCGCCACCGACCUCUCCAGCCUCGACUACAAUGCCGAGAAGGACUACGUUCUCUUGCCCGGCGAGGAGAUCACCGUCGCCGGCGGAUACUCCGGCAUCAUCGACCAUCUCGCCUCCGUCCUCCCGGACGGGGUCAUCCAAUUAGGCCGAAAAGUCGAAAAAAUUGAAUGGGCCUCGUCCUCCUGCGAAGGCCGCCCCGUCGUUCUGCAUUUCAGCAACGGGACGGCCAUGUCCGCGGAUCACGUCAUCGUGACAGUGUCCCUUGGGGUGCUCAAGGCUGGAACCAGCAGCGAGGGAUGGAAUCUGUUCCAUCCCUCGCUGCCCAGCUGCAAGGCCGGAGCCAUUUCCAGGCUCGGCUAUGGCCUUGUUAAUAAGGUGUUUUUGCAUCUUAGCCCGAGUUACCGUGACAACGACGGAUUCCCCUUCUUGCAAAUGGUGUUCCAUCCCUCGGAUUCCGAGCUGAGGAACCCGAAGGUUCCUCAGUGGAUCCGAAGGACGUCGUUUCUAUGCCCUAUUUAUAGCAACUCGAGAACUGUCCUAUCCUGGUUUACAGGACAGGAGGCUCUCGAGUUGGAAAAGCUGACCGAUGAUGAGAUCAUCGGCGGCUUUUCGAGGACGGUGUCGAAUUUGUUGCCAUCACAACAACAUAAUGAAAUCAGCCAGAAAUUCGAUGAAGUGUUGAGGACACAAUGGGGGAGUAAUCCACUGUUUUUGGGAUCAUACAGCUAUGUGGCAGUUGGUUCGAGUAUAGAUGACAUGGACACAUUGGCUGAGCCGCUGCCGAAAUACGGCGGCGGGGAUUCAGCUCCGCCGCCGCUGCAAAUCCUUUUCGCCGGCGAAGCAACGCAUAAAACGCAUUACUCGACAACUCAUGGAGCCUACUUCAGUGGCCUCAGGGAAGCCAAUAGGCUGCUUAAACACUAUAAUUGUAUUAAUUGAAAUAUUUUGUUUGUUGCAGUAUUAGAAUUUUUUUAAGUCGGGGAGUUUUUAUUUUGGAAAGUGUUUUUCUUGGAUAUUAUGGUUAUUUAAUUUUUCUUUCUCUA